GUUUCCUCGGGUUCUCUAUCUCUCUCUCUCUCGCUGUGUGUAAUCUCAGAACAUUCACCUUCUUCCUCAUUUAAAUAUUUUUUUUACUUAUCUCUCAUGUCUCCUCACCUCCAACCUUCCUUAAAAAAGGUUCCACAGCAAUAAACAAAGACCCUUUUUCACUCCUCGACACUCUCUUUCUAUCUUCACUCCAAGAUUUUCCUUCUAGCUUCUCUAGAUUUUAUUCUGAUUCUUGCACAGAACCCAUUUUUUUUCCUUGUCACUGCUAUUUAAUUGAACUAGAACUUGAUCUUUCUAAUGGGUUUGGCAGAGAAGCCUCAUCAAAUGGAUGGAGGAGCUGUGGAAUCAGAAGCAAAGAAAUGGGUCAUUGCCGGAAUUCAAUUACGAAGUCCGUUGAAGCCGAUAUUUACCAAGCCACCGGAGAAGGAAUCGACCAACGAGGAUGAAGAAAAAUGUUGCAGAACACCUACAGGUGAAGAAGCGAGAAUUCCGAGCAGAUUGCCAUGUCCACCGGCGCCGAGGAAGCGGAAACCUUCUUCAAGGUGUCAUUAUAAUGGUAGUCGUAGGGAGUUCUUUACUCCCCCAGACUUGGAAACUGUGUUUAUUCGCCAUUUUGAGAAGGCUUAAUUAAUAUAUUCAAAAUAUGUAUGCAUUCCUUCAUGUUUAUUCAUGAAAAAAAUAAAAAUAAAUUUACUUAUUUUGGAAGC